UUACAGCGUAGAGGUACAACCCUUUUCAUAUGGAUGGCCAUAACAAAUUUCCAUCUCUGGGCCAAAUCGUAGCUUGCCACAUGAUUCUGUGACAAAGGUGGAUAUAAGGUGAUAAUUAAGACAAGCAUAUGUUUUGUGAUGUCUGCACUCGACUGGUAUGCGCACAAGUCUGUCGGAGACGGACUGUUCUGGAUACAGGAGAAAUUUUACCAAUCAGGGAACAGAGCUAACAUUUGGGUCAUACGCGGCUCCCACCAGGACGUGGUGAUAGACGCAGGAUUGGGACUGCGGAGCCUGCCGGACUACAUCAAGUCUACCGGCAUCCUGGGCGACGAUUCGCAACGCAAGAACCCAAUUUUAGCUAUCGGAACACACGUUCAUUUUGACCAUUCGGGUGGUCUCCACCAGUUUCAACAGGUGGGCGUUCACAAGGCAGAGGUCGACGCGCUUGCUAAUGGAGAUAACUUCGAAACCGUGACCUGGCUGUCUGACAGGGAGAUUGUUGAGAGCCCCACGCCCGGAUGGAGAGCCAGGCAAUACAGAGUGAAGGCUAUCCAGCCGACUCAUAUAUUACAGGAAGGUGACGUCAUCAACCUGGGCGACCGGCAGCUGAGCGUGCUGCACAUGCCGGGCCACUCGCGCGGCAGCAUCUGCCUCCACGACGUGGAGCACAAGCUGCUGUUCAGCGGUGACGUGGUCUACGACGGCGCCAUGAUCGACUGGCUGCCCCACAGCCACGUGGGCGACUAUGUGCACAGCUGCGAGCGCCUGUUGGCCCUGGCCGAGCAGGAGCAGGUGGAGCAGGUGCUGCCCGGCCACUUCCACACCUUCGGGGCCAAGCGGCUGCAGCGCCUAGCCUCCAACUACAUCUCCGGGGCUGGCGCCUGCCACCGGCUCACCGCCAGCGCCAUCAGGUCGGUGGCAAGCCUGGCACUCCGCACCUCCUGCUGUUAAAUGGAGAUGGAGGAGGUGGUGGAGAGGCGCAGGUUCAGACACUCCAGUUGCUGGGGUUCAAUAUGUUAGUAGGUUUUCUUUUCUUUUGUGACACUCUAGAGCUUUACAAGCUUCUUUCCACCUGUGGGUUCUACCUCCUCCUUCAUUAUAUUAUAAUAUAUGUAAUAUAUUACAUUAUAUCAAAUAUUUUGACUUGACAUACCGGGGAGGACUGUUCAUUUCUGAACCUGGAAGUUUCUCUCUGCUGCUAGUUCACAUUGUCAAGGCCAGCAGGUCUGGAGACCCACGGGUGAGUCAGUGACUGAUUGAUCAAUUCUGGCACUGGUGGUUUGGUGUCACCAAAAAGAAGACUGUGACUUGGGCCUCUAUGUGUCAUAUAUAGACAUAUAUGUCGUGAAUGGACAGAAGGAGGAAGUGAACUGAUGUAUAAGCACCCAGAAUCAAGCUAGUCAGCAAAGCCUAGAUGCACAUGUGUUUUAUUUUUGCUUUUGUUUGUGAGCUAAUGGCAAAACAGGAGCCACCAUAGGCCUUCAUGAAAGAUGCAUGAGCACACUACGUCUGAGCACAGAAAUGGGAGAGCGAUCUGUGAGGAUGUGAAAUAUGAAAGUGGGUCGGCAUUCUGGUUAAGAUGGCGUAUUGCCCUUGAGUUCACCGUAUUAUAAAUUUACAUGAGAAUAUUCCUGAUGUGGGUUGACAUUUUGCUGUUGGAGAAACACAAGAUUAAUGGGUAAUGCAGUGACUAUGUGAAGUGAAGCCUAUAAGUAAAUCUGGGUCUGUGUGUGUGUGAGCUGUGUAUAUUGUGAGAUGUUUUCAUGGUGAAUAUGAACAACUAGAAGGGCAUUCAGACAGUGCAGACCUCCGCCAAGGCCAAAUGCCGUAUCUCACCAAGUUAAAGAAAGUGAGAAAAAAUUCCUGGAUCCACCCCUCGACCCUGAUCUGCUCCAGAAUGUAAUGGAUUUUUCCUUGACCCAUACUCCACCCCUCCACUGAGUUUCACAAACAAACAAACCAACCAAACAACCAACAAACAGCAACCAACCUCAGCGGAGGUAAUAAACUUGCAUGGCAUAAAUCUGACUUCUUCUGUAUCGCUGCGCUCAUAGCUUCUACUAAGUUUCAUAUCACAAGUAGGUUAUGCGAGUUCACUAUAAACUAGUCCUCCCUAUGAUUAUGAAGCACAAGCAUACUUUUUCACUUUAUCUCUUUUGUUUACUUCCAGACUCCCAACGUUUGCCUUUUAUGAGUGAGGAAGUACAUUUAUAUGACAAAAAGUACUUUUGCAGAGAUUAGAGGUAAAAAUAAUUACUGAAAUGUUUCUGCGGGUGUUGGGAGUGAUUGCUCUGUGUUAAUUGCCACUAGAAGGAGUAUCAUGCUUAACUUAUAACCCUACUUGAUAUUGUAAAUGUGCCGUUCGGUGUGAUGUUAAUCUCUCUUUGCUGCCAAAAUACUUCUGGAUGAUACGAUUCCAGAUAGCCUUUUAAAAAAUAUUUUUAGUUUGUGGUCAUUAACAGAAAUAUAUCUUAUAGAGGGAUGUCCGUCUCCUGGAUAUCGAUCUACUAUGUCAUACCAGAAACGCCAGUUUCUGCUGACCGAGCGCUACAGGAGCAGGCGUGGUAGACAUGCGGGGGUGUUGGAUCAGGGCUGACGGCAACAACUUUUGGAGGAGGGUAGGGCACCCAACCGUUAUUUUAACCUUUUUUUUUUUUUUUUUUUUUUUUUUUAGUAUACACACAGUAUGAGACACAGGAACUGGUCAUAGACACAGAGCUUCUUGUUCUUCAGGCAUGGUACUUCCUCUCAGAAAAAAGUAAUUGUAGGGUUAUAUGACUCAUUCCAUGUAGUAAGGAUUUCUGGACCAGUGGAUCUAGACACUGAAAGAAGCUGAAGAACAACAUUUUCAGUGCCUCUCUUUGACCACACUUGCCUCGCGUAGCUGUGGCUCUAACUGUUGAUGUGAGCAGGACUGAGCACCACCAAGAAACAAAACAGUAGAACAGGACACGCAUGACUUCCAAAGCACGAUCCAAAAAUGAGCUGUCUGUUUACCGGCUCUAACUCAAGUGUUUGGUGCAUUUCUGUUUACAUUUUGUAUGUACUUUUUUUAUGAAUUAUUUUGUAUUCUUUUAUAAUCACAGCAAUGUCCUCUGUGUGUCCUCUUACUUUAUUAGACUUUGUCAUUUUUGUUGCUAUCCAGUAUAAAUACUAUGGCAAUUUAGCCAGAGAUGUUAUAGGAAGGUCAUUAAUAAAAAUCCAUCCUAAUCCUAAUCCAGUAUGUAGGAAUGACUGCUUUCACUCAAAUUAAGUAGCUGCUCUAUUUCGAAGUUUCAUACUCCAAUACUAAGUUAUGAAUGCUGCUAACCACUGGAAAGUUGAGCAGGCUAAAGUGUAAUAACAAUGCUUAUCCUUUAUAUAUCCCCUGAUGUGUUUUGGUGUUCAAUAGAUUAUGUCACUGUUUUAUAGGGUUAGUCAUUCAGGCGCUUGGUUUGAUUGGACAUAAACACUGAAGUGGUAUUGAGAAUUCGGCAGCAUACAAUGAGUUUCAGUUCAGUAUUUUACUCAGUGUUGCAUCAAUUAACACACCUUAUGACACCCUCUGGCAACCAGCCUGCCAGCAAUAGAACAGGACAAAUAGCCAUACAGUGCACUACAGGGAUACAGUUUUAUGCAACUGAUAAAUACACCAGGACUGACAUGUUAAUGCCAUCUAAAAAGGUUCACCUAACAGUGUGUAGCAAGCAUAAGGAUCAGCAACUGAUAUUAUUCACAUACAAAUGUGGUCUCUAUUGUCUUAUUCACCAUUUACUGCUAUUGAAUGUCAAUAAAAUUACUUGAAGUUCAAA